AUGGGCCACUUCGCCUAUCGCCUGAACAACGAGGUCCUGGUCGUCCCACCCGAGGACACCGUGGAUUCCGUGGCGAAGAAGCUAGAGGACAAGCAGCAGCAGCUGGAGGACUGGCAGCAGGCGGUGGGUGAGGCCCGGUCGAAACACUAUUUCCUGUGGCUCGGCAGGGAAUUGAACUACUACACGGUCCGGGAGCUUUGCUUCCUGACUGACCAGCUGCCAGAAAUUGGCAACGACCAGGCGUGGAAGAAGAUCUGGAUGUCGUGGGUCAUGCGUGGCCUUGCGCGACUCUGGCUGCUGGCCUUCUGCUGCGGAGUCGCUCGCGCUGUUGAGAACUGUGAGGUUCUGCAAGGCAGGGUUGAGUCCUCCUUGCUCGGAAGCAACCAGAGUUGGGCAGAUGCCAUCACGGCUGUGGCCAAAGGCGCCAGCAUGGGAUGCGGGCGAUGCUUCUUCUACUUGGGAGCUCUUCUCGCGCUCAGCGAGCCGGAGGUCUCGCGCUUUGCACAUUUCAAGGUGUCUGCUGAGGGAGGCAUUCAGUUUCAGUGGACUGAAGGGCUUUCAGAACCUGUGACCUCCACCGAAACGGAGAUUUUAGAUCGACCCUUGCUGGCAUACUACAUCGGAGCCGAGAAGCGGGAUGCGCUGUCGACGCUGGCCCUGUCGAACUACAUGCUGAAGGGCAUGACACUGGGUGGCACUGAGAAGUGGUGGCAGGGCACCUCAGAUGAGGCCGAUGUGCCAUCCAUCAGCCGCCUCCCCCGCGGGCGCCACGCCCGCAAUUCGACGUUGUGUCCGCUGACACUGCGAGCGCUGGAGGUGGUGGCCGAGAGAGCUGCUUCGAAUGAGGACAAGGGUCUUGAUGCCAGUGCCUUAAACUUCUACGUCCGGAACGCCACAGAGGGCCGGCGAGCCCAGAAAGAGCUGUACGACUGGAUGUCCGCCCGAUCGCGGGAUGGAUGGGUGCCUGCGAAGAACGCGCUGGCACUCUUCCAACUGCAUGGCGAUGAAGAUGUGGGAGUGGCUCAAAAUACAUCGCAAGCUGCCACACUGCUGGAGUCCGCGGCCCGGGAUGGAAGUGCAGAGGCGUCCUGGACGUCACUGCUCUGGCAUGCCAGAAACGGCAACGCGAGCGGCAUUCUACACCACGCCCGUCGAGUUCGGGACUCCCGUGCUCCCCAGCGACAGAAAGUCAUGGCGCAGCACUAUCUGCACCUUCAUGGCGCAGAUGCGAAUGCCACCUUGGCGGGAGUGUACCUGCUUGCUGCCGCAGAUCUCGGCGAUCCCAACGCGCAGCAGAUGGUCGGCCAUGCCUAUGCAGGGCUCAGGCUGCCAGAGCUGUCGAAGGCUGAGAUUCCGGGUGCUCCCAGCGAGGGCCGGGCACUGAAGUACUAUGCCCUUGCUGCUCGGCAAGGGCGGCCCGUGUCCGCCGUGAAUGCCGUCGCGCUCACACUGCGGCGAAGCCGGGGCGAUGGCCAUGGCUGCCAGUUUGCGGCGUCCACGCUGCAGAGGGUGGCGUUGUCUUUCCAUCCCGACGUGCUCUUCCUGCAUACUGAUGCUCGCUGGCACGUUCUUGAGAACAGGCAGGAGGGCGCGUUGGUUCGUUAUGCUCUCCUCUCCGAGCUUGGCUCCACAAGCGCCCACGCUAACGCAGCCGACUUGUGGGUUCGGGGCCACUCCGGCGACGGGAGAUUCCGGUGCUGGAGGUCGAAGGGACCUGGGGUUGCUCAGGAUUGUGAGCUGGACUAUCGCCGUAGAGCAGCCGCCUCUGGCGACGUGGAUGCGAUGCUCCAGGUCGCGAGCUCCCACCUGUCCCGGGGCGAGGCGGCCCAGGCAUACGAGUGGACGCUCCAAGCAAGCGUGGCCGGGAGCUCUCAGGCCAACUUCAGCCUGGCGUACCUGAAGCAGCACGGCCUUGGAACCGAGCAGGAUCUGAGCGGAGCUUGCGCCACUUACUGCGCCUUCCUCGAUCUGGACACGGAGCCACUGCUUGUGAGAGGCAUGGCCCUCAUGCAACUUGGGAAACCGCUUAUGAUCGUCUUCUUGGCACGGCUAGGCAAAAGGUGCGUGGAUCUCAGAGCCGAGCCCGAGGUCACGCGCAAGAAGAUCAUCUCGAGCCUGAAAGGUAAUCUUGGUCUUCUUCGCGCCUCUUCAAGUGAUGCAGACAAGGAGGUCAAGCUUCUCAACGACGUGGGCCAGCUCCUGAACGAGCUCUUCGAGGGGGUGGCGCCGCAGUUGCGGCCACUUCAGGGCCUCACGGAAGUGAAGCAGCAGCUCCAGGGCGAUCUGCUGAUCCGAAGCAUGCAGAACAGGGAGCAGGGAGUGCCCAUCUUCGUCUGCUGCGCGGAUGAAGCCUGCAAGGUCACGGAGCUCGUCCUCUCCAUCUACACGCGCCGAGAGCGAGUGCCGGAGGCCGAAGAGCUCCUCCUGUGCUCGAGCCACACUACCCUGGAGGAGAUUGAGCUGCUGCUGCGGCGCUUCUUCCACGCCAGGAAGCACCAGCGCGAAGAUCGGCUCUACUGCGUCGGAAAUGUGCACUUGCUGCCCUACGUCACGCAGUGCGGGACGGUGGAGGCUUUGAGGAAGAUGGAGGAGCAGUUUGGUUUCGAGCACGCCAGUGCUUUGGUCUUUGCCAGCGGCAUGCCAAACCAGAUGCUUAUGAACGCCCUCAACAGGCAUAACCUCGCCGUCAGCAUCCUGCACAAGGACCUGCUCAAGAAUGCGGUCGAGAUGGUAGGGAAGGAUACGAUCAUCCAGGAGAUGAGAGAAUUCCGAGACGGGAGGAAGAAUGAGGUGAGGAGUUGGAAGGUGCUUGGGAUGUUGCCAGGAAGUAACUCCAUGUCCAUCGUGUCGUUGUUUUUGCAUAUGUUGAUGCACAAUGCAAACGUUGGGAGCAAAAUGCCACAGUUGGCAGCUCUUCGCCUGUUCGUGUCCCUUGACCGCGAGGUGAGGAAGAAGAUUCUCCAAAUCAUGGUCAUAGAGGAUGAGGAAGUGACCCGCUACCUAGAAUUCCUCGGCAUCAAGUCACUGGAAGACGUGGACAUGAUCAGCGAGCUUGCGAGCCUUAUCGAGACUCGUCCGGAGGUAUUCGGAGAUGACGAUUUGGCGCUGUACGCGCUCUCGUCGUUUUUGGUGCGGUUCCAACGGAUUUUCCUCGUCAAAGAGCCGGAGUCUGUGUCGAAGUGUGCGAGAAGGAAGCUCCGUAUCGGAGGACCGAAGGACUUGGAAGUUCCCGUCGGCGCGGUGCAUGCGGCUGUGUUCACGGUCGACUAUACGGAAAGGUCCGUGUCCUUUGGAUGGAACUUGAAGCAUCGAUUCUGGGAGGUCUUUGAGGUGAGGUUGGUGCUGCUCUACAUGGGGGCGCGGCUGGUGGUGGGGCGUCUUCGUCAAGUCCUCCCGCUACUCCACAAGAUGGUGCUGCUCUACAUGGAGGUCUACAUGGUGGUCCUGCUGCUCCACGACUUGGACGAGCCCGAGGUGAUGGACUGGGACCCGCAGGAGGGGGACAACAGUGGGUUGAUGCAACAUGAGCUGGUCAUGAGGCGCAUAAAUGAGGCUCGCCAAUUGGAGGAUGCACAGGGGGAGGUGGAUGUGGCGUUGGUGGAGAUGAGGGAGCACCUCGAGCGACAUGGAGCAGAAGGGGUUCUACCUGAACUACGCUGGGGAGUUCGUCAGUGGGUGGAGGAGGAGAAACGGGGUGCGCGUUUCAUGUUGCAAAUACUACGCCGCAUUGAGGUGGAGGUCCUUGGGUGUGGUGGGGUGGAACUUCCGCGUGAACGGCGACCUCGUGACAUCAUGGGAGAGACGCGGGCUGUAACGUGGGCGAGACAGUUCCGGGAGAGGCUGGGGCGCAUCGCCAGGAGAGAAGCGCAAAUUUCAGCGCCGAGACGUGCCGGGCGAUCACGCUCACCGAGGCGAAGCACUGGGGAGGCGGCUACUUCAAGCGGGGCGACGUCGUCCGGGACUACGCGCACAGACUUGGUGGAUGGUGGGCUGGAGAAUGGGGCGCCUGUGGAACAUGGAGUGCUGGCGGUGGCAAAUGGGAUGAUGGCGAUCGAGGAUGGGAUGCUGGCGGUUGAGGAUGGGAUGCUGGCAGUCGCGGAUGCCACGUUGGACACUGCUGGGGAGGGGGAGAUAGGAGUGGAGGAGGUGGCAAGUCGUGGAGGUGAUGGGGAGGAUGACAACUCCGACAGCGACGCCACGGUCCUGAUGGUGAUGCCACUGCCUGGGUUGUGGACUAUGUCUUUGCCACGGGCUACGUCUUCAUCCUCGCCGCGGACUAUGUCUUCCUGGACUAUGACCUUGGCCUCGUCGCGUCCGAUUUCCUCUUGGGGUGCGGGUGGAGAAGUUGGUGAGGUGGGGGGUGGAAAACCUGAAGAAGUGGCCUCUUUGCGAACCACGAUGGGCGGUGGAGGAGGUGGUGAAAACCAUGGGGAGGAUCGUGCAGAUGAAGAAUGUCGACCGGGGGGCGGUGAUGGAAAGGGUGAUGGUAUGGGUGGUGGUGAUCGUGGUCGUGUCCUACCUGUUCGACUGGGGGUGGACUAUGAAUGUGAGGAGGGAGAGGAGGAGUAG